UGAAGUCGUUGUUUGGAUAUAUUUGUGAGGCGGCUACCGUUACACCGUGGGCGUGUCAAACGCAUAGAUGAAGUAAUUGCAGUUAACAAGGUGACAAGUUGGCAACGUUGUUCAGCUGUCCGUUGGCAUUUCAAAUAACACUUUCUGCUUAUUUAAAUAGAAAAUGUGCUAAAUGCAGCAGCGAAAUUGCAAACAACGCCACCAAAAUAACAACGAAGAGUAAAAUAAUAAAAAUAAAAAUAAAAAAGAAAGCCAACUAGCGCGCGCUACGCACUCGCUGAAAGAAUUUGUGAAAAUCAAUAAUAUAUUUUACAAUACGAAAAAAUAAAAUAUAAAUUGCUGAAAUUGUGUUUGCGUGCUAAUCGGUUUUUGUGCGAGGCAACAAAAGCGACAGCACGUUGAUUGUUCGGCUAUAAUAGAGCUGCCCCUUGGCCCAGUUAAUGUGCCGCAGCUCAAUCGAAUCUAUAUAAAUAGUCCCAGACAGCGCCAACUGCUGGUUCCAGGUGUAAAUUGUCUGAAAUUGAAAAUGCAAGAGUCUGCACUAAGCAGCAGACACCUUAAUUGGCCAACAGGUGAGAGCCCGUGCACAUCCUCAACAACAAAAUCAACAUCAGAGCAUCGCAUUAGAAAUCACUCGAACAUGGCUAAUAAGUGCAGCAACUGGCUGCAUUGGCUGUUGCUGCUGUCUGCGCUCCUCUGCCUCAGUGUCACAAAUGCGAAUGAAAGCGGGCUGUCCACGACAGCUUUAACACCUGAUGCGACCACAGGGACAGCAACAACAGUAACAGUAACAGCAACAGCAACACCGCCAGAAUCAGCAACAGCAACAGCAACAGCACCGUCAACGUCAAGUGACCAGACCAAUGAGGAUUGGCGGCCCAUUGUGAAUGCCACACAAGCGCCAGCCAGGAAGCAGCGUCCAAAUGGCACCGAUUCGUUGCUGCUGCGCAUUGCUCGCAGUUUUUCUAGCGGAAAUGAGCUCUGGGAUGGACUCAUACGCGAAUGCUACCUAAAGCCGGAUAUGUCCUGCUUUCAAAAGAACGUUUACACCUAUUUGGAUAACGCCCUGGACACGCAGGAUGUAAAUAUAACGCAGCGCUUGAAGUUCUACAGGAAUCAGGUGCAGUACGAGUCGGACCCAGAGAAGGAGGAGACAACAAACGAGGCGCGUUCCGCCAGUCCGGAAACCCCCAUAGAGGAAGUGUCCAAUGCGCUCUAUGGCAAAACGAUCAAGUUUGCAAUGACACACGAUGUGGAGUUAGAUCUGCCCGAGAUCGUAUUCAAUGGAGCAACAUUUCGCAUCUCGCCGCGUUCGAUCGAAGGCAACGGCAUCAUUGCCAAGCUGGAGCUAAUACCCAAGCAGCUGGUCCAAGCACGACUUGCUGGUGCCAUGAUCAAGAAAAAGAUCAACAAAUUUCUGCGCAACAAAUUGCUGUUGUCAUUCAUUGCCUUGGUGCUGAUCAUCAAGAUCAUAAAGAUCAAGUUGUUCUGGCUGCUGCCCAUUGUGAUUGGCGUGGGAGCUGCCAAGAAGUUGUUGCUCAAGUUCCUGCUCUUCCUCUUCCCAGCCUUAUCGCAUCUGUUCAAGCUCUGCUCGUACUAUCAGCAGUCGUAUCAUGGCACUAAAUAUCAUCAUCAUCAUCAUCUGAUCAAUCAUCAUCAUACGGUGGUGCCGCCUUGGCACAGUGCUGAGCAUCAUAGUGUGCCAGAAAUUAUCUACACACAUCCACCCAAGGGACACCCUUCCGCGUAUCUGCACGGCGCGCCUGUCCACGAGAGCUACGGCCCUGGGCCAGGGCACGAGCACUUCGAAGGCGCCUGGGAGAACAGCGGACCCGGACUGGGCUCUGAAUAUAUAGCCAUGAAUCGCGAUGCACAAGUCGAGGAUAAUGCGAAUUACUUUAAGCCGCACACAGCAAACGAUGCAAAUGAGCUGCAAGCCUGGGGCCUGGGCACAACACAGACAUAUGCCAAGCCGCCAUCGCUACAACAGCCACAGCUACAGCAGCAACAACAACGUUGGCAAAACAACCAGCAACAGCAACAGCUGCAGCAGCAACAAAUCAGUUUUCAAAAAGCACAAGCCUCUAGUCACAGUCUAAACAAAUUUAACAACCUGGACAAACAAAGCUCAAGGCCGGCAUUUGGACAGCACCAUCCGGUCUAUGUCGCCGCGCCAGGCGCCGGACCUGGGCCAGGACGAGGAACAGGAACAGGACCAUACGGACACGCACCCAGCCUGACAGCCGCUGCUCAAAUUGCCGCUCAAUACGAGCCAGCGCGCAACAACCAACAACAACAACAGCAGCAACAACAACCGCAGCAACAACUUUCGCCUGAGCUGGCUGCCCAGCUGAAGGAGGCCAUACGCAUUCAGGCUGAGCAGCGACUGAUACAGCAGCAGCAGCAGAUUCUGGAGCAUCAGCCUUUCGUGCAGGAUGGACAGCCCCUGUACCCGUUGAACUAUGAUCCGUUUUAUAGUCCCAUAUUGCUGAAGAUCGAUAAAAUCAUCGAGCAGAUGGGCAUUAAAAGCGAUCUAUGCAAGGAACGCGUCGUCUGCAGCAUGUACAAGGAUCCGGCCACAUACAGCCCGCACAGUAACUUCAUAUCAGCGGAGCUCAGUCGAGAGACGAACGAGCUGGAACCCGUGACGCAUGCGAAUGAGGCAGUGCGUCGCUUCUACCGACUCAUCCAAGCCGCCCGGGAUGGGCAGGAUCAAAAGGAUUGCCCGAGCCUCUACCCACAGUGCAAUAUGCCAGCGAAGCGAUAAGCUUGGC